GGGCAGGAUGUACACGCUGCUCUCAGGCCUGUACAAGUACGUGUUCCAGAAGGACGAGUACUGCAUCCUGAUCCUGGGCCUGGACAAUGCCGGCAAGACGACCUUCCUGGAGCAGUCGAAGACCCGGUUCAACAAGCACUACAGGGGGAUGAGCUUGUCCAAGAUCACCACCACCGUGGGCCUCAACAUCGGCACUGUGGAUGUGGGGAAGACACGCCUCAUGUUCUGGGACUUAGGGGGGCAGGAGGAGCUGCAGUCGCUGUGGGACAAGUACUACGCGGAGUGCCAUGGUGUCAUCUAUGUGAUUGACUCCACCGACGAGGAGAGGCUGUCAGAGUCCAAGCGAGCGUUUGAGAAGAUGGUCACAAGUGAGGCGCUGGAGGGUGUCCCCAUCCUAGUACUGGCCAACAAGCAGGACGUGGAGACCUGCCUCUCCAUCCCUGACAUCAAGACGGCCUUCAGCGACUGCACCUCCAAAAUUGGGCGGCGGGACUGCCUGACCCAAGCUUGUUCAGCGCUCACAGGCAAAGGCGUGAACGAAGGCAUCGAGUGGAUGGUGAAGUGCGUUGUCCGUAACCUCCACCGGCCGCCACGGCAGAGGGACAUCACGUAGGUGCUAGC